GUUAUCAAUAUUGACAGCCUUUGAGCAUGUUAUCAGUCAGUUGUGAUCAACAUUUGGCUGAUGUGCAGUGUUUCACAGACAAACGUGUUUCUAAAAAUAGAAAAAGUAAUUACAAAACGUCAUUUGAGUAAUAGUUUUUUUGUCAUCAAUUUAAAUAUCGGCAAUUUUGGCUAAUUGAGAACUUUGUAGUGUUUUAUCUAGUUAACUUUUUUCUCAGCAUGAUUCAAUGAGUUAAAUGAGUCAUGAAAGACAAACUUUUAUGUGUUACUUAUUUAUUGAAAAUCUGUAAAAGUGCAGUGUUUUAAAAAUGUCGAAAGCCGUGCUGAAUGUGACUGAUAAAGUUUACUAUGGGAUCAGGGACCAGUGGUACAAAUUAAAAUCAUAUACGCGGACGGGGACAGAUGGCGCUGGUGAUGCUGGGACCCUGGACAUGGGGAGCCGGUCCUCAUUGCACACCGGCCUCAACAUGUCUGAGGAUGAGCAUUGGGAGAUGAACUACCAUGAGGCUGCUAUUUAUUUAGAGGAAGGCUUAAACAAUGAGAAGUUCGACUCCCACCCAUCGAGCCCUGAAGAGUUACCGGCGUACCUCAGGGUCCACAAUCCAUGGUACCAUGGUCUGGACCUCCUUGCUUCCCUAGUGCUUAUACUCUUAGCUUUUACUGAAGAUCCCGCCGUGCCUACGUUUGAGUUACCGGUAUGGGCGCACGGGACGAUAGAACUGUUGGCGCUGACAGUGAUUGGCGUGGAGCUGCACUUGAAGCUCAAGUGGAUCGGAUGGGGCACCAUACUCAAACACAAGAGAACAAUGAUAAAGGGUAUUACAUUACUAAUAAUGGUGCUGGAGGCGGUGGUGGUGUUAUGCCGACAGUCUUCCCACUUCCGAGUCACCAGGGCGCUGCGCCCCAUCUUCUUGGUGGACACCAGGCACUGCGGAGGAGUCAGGAGGUUCAUCAGACAGAUUCUACAGUCGUUACCACCGAUUAUUGAUAUGUUAGGGUUGCUGAUGUUCUUCGUGGCUACAUACUCCUUGCUGGGCUACUACCUGUUCUCGGAGCACGUGGACAACGGACACUUCCAGACUAUCAGCGAUUCCUUCGUCAGCAUGUUCGUCUUACUCACCACUGCCAAUUUCCCAGAUGUCAUGAUGCCUUCGUACGCCAAGUCCAAGUGGUACGCCGUGUUCUUCAUCCUGUACAUCAUCACAGUCCUCUACGUACUUAUGAACUUGAUGUUGGCGGUGGUGUACGAGACGUUCACCCGCAUCGAGCGCGAGAAGUGCCGCGCGCUACUGCUGCACCGUCGCCGCGCCGCGCGACACGCCUUCAGGCUGCUCGUGUCGCGCCGCGCGCCGCACGCCGUCCGACUCCGGCACUUCGCCGGACUCAUGCGGCACUACGCUCCGCACUACAGUGGUCUGGACGUGUACCUGAUGUUCAAGCAGCUGAACCAGUCGUCGUCGGGCGGGCUGUCCCGCGGCGAGUUCGCCAACCUGUACGAGGUGUUCGCGCUGCGCUGGGCGGGCCAGCAGUCGCGGGCCCCGUGGUACGCGCAGUCCGCGCUCGAGCCGCUCGGCCGGGCCGCCGCCGCCGCCGUGCGGUGGCCCUACUUCGAGUAUCUUAUAUACGCCCUGAUAGUGGGCAACGGUCUGGCGAUGGUGCUCCGCGUGUGCGAGGCGGCCGGGGACCUGCAGGACAGCGCCCGCCUACUCUGUGCCUCCUGGGACACUUGGCUCUUCCUUACUCUAUUCCUCCUAGAAGCAGCGCUGCGUAUGAUGGCGUCCGGGCUGGCGGUGUACCUGGAGAGCGGGUGGAACGUGUUCGACCUGAGCGUGACGCUGCUGGCGCUCAUGGGCGCCGUGCUGCUCAGCAUCGCGCCCAAACUCUUCAUUGUCGUUAUAUUUAGACCUUUGAGAUUGAUGCGUCUGUACAAGUUGAAGAAGCGUUACCGCGAUGUGUUCGGUACGCUGGUCCUGCUGUCCCCGCUGAUGUCGUCGGCAGGCUGCGUGAUGCUGGUCAUGUACUACUUCUUCGCCAUCAUCGGCAUGGAGCUGUUCGCUGGCUACGAUCUUAGGAAUUGCUGUGUCAACACGACAGUGGAGGACUUCUACAAGUACUCGCUGAACAGCUCGACGGCCCUCGGCUACUACUACCUGAACAACUUCGAGAACAUCGUCACCAGCGGCGUCACGCUCUUCGAGCUGACGGUCGUCAACAACUGGUUCAUUCUCAUGAACGCGUACGCCACUGUAGCGGGACAGUUCAGCAGGAUUUAUUUCAUGGUGUUCUACCUGUUCACGAUGGUGGUGCUGACGAUAGUGGUGGCCAGCGUGCUGGAGGCAUUCCGGUUCCGGAUACAGUACAAACGGAGCACUACCAAGAGAGAUGAGGAGAAGCUCCUUCAUGAAGAAGUGCACACAAGUUGGGAAGAGGCUCAAAGGUUAGGAGCCAGUGGGGACCUAGCGGAUGAGCUGAGGCCGAACCUACCACCGGGGGUGGAGGUGACAUUCAUCGGAUCCCGACCUCGUACGAAGGAGGUGCUGCAGAGGAGAAUGUACCAGACUGAUAUACAGAAGUGGCUAGCGGAGGAAGAUGAGAAUGAAGGAGUCCCACCCUCAACGACAAUAACAUCAAGCGAGGAUCCUCUCGCCCCGCCCCUCAUCCACCAGCCAGACAGCGAGAACAACCACCAGAUGAGAACAGGUUACCAAUUGUAGAACAUAAUUCACUUAGCGCUGUACCACAGGCUAAUGUUCUUCUGGGACGCAAUCAAGAGCUUAUGAUGGACUCUCUGAGGAUGGGCCCUCAGCUGGCUUCAGGCUUGACCAAGGGUACAGGACGCUGGCUAAACAGACUUGCCACAAAGAAAAAGUUUCGUUUAAAAAAAAGGAAUUGACAGUUGACAGCUUACAGGAUUUGACGUUUGACUUGACGCAGUGAUUUGUUUGUGAACGUAUCCGAACUAUUCCAUAGAUAAUAGUUUUUACUUUUAAUCGAGCAAAGGAAUUUUGUACAGUUUACCUACAGCAGAACAAAUGGAAUGCCAAAGAUUCCAUUUUUUUUAUUAAGUGAUGGUUAUGUGUGGAUUUGUGUGUACUCCAAAAUGUUGUUUAAAGAGUUGUUGUAGAGAUUCUGUGUAGAUCGCGUACCUUGUAGUUAGAUGCCCUUACCCGCCAGCAACUAAUACUCUGCCAGUUAGGACAUUAAUCGAGUAGUGUGAAUGUAUACUGAAAUAAUAAUUAUAAUACUGAGAGUUAGUUUAACAACUGUGAUAGAAUUUUAUGAAAUUAAAAGAGGGUGUAUUCGACUGUACAGGCAGUUGUAUAGAAAGACUAGAUAAUUUCAUGUAAGUAGCCUAGACAGGUAGAUAAAUGAUAUGCUUUUUGAAAAUCGUAGAAAUGACAGCUUUAAUAUUUGUCUCUCACUCUUAUGUACUGUUGUGAGUGAGAGGCAGAUAGUGGACACAGAUUAUAAUGAAGUAUAGAUAAUAAAUAGGAAUUUGACUGUUGUUGAUAAACUGAUCUUCAAGCUGUUAUUUUUUUUUUAUACAAUCAAGUAGAGAACUAGUACAAUGGAGCAUAAUUUUGUAAAGUAGUUACAUCUGGAUUAAGUUGAUUUUAUUUAAUAAGAAUAAUAAAAUUGAUCUUGUAUUUAGAUAUAAGAUUAAUUCACAUUUCAAGCUAUGUUUUUUGUUAACUACCUGUUCAAUUUUGUAAAAUUAUUAUAAACAUAAACAUGAUAUUAUUAAUGAAUCGCCUUCGUAGGUUAGGUAAAAUUUAAAUUAAAAGUAUUCAAAUGAUCAACUCCUAAAAGUUAGGAAAUGUAGAUGUUUCGAUAUGAAAUUUAAUAUAGCAGAAAAUUCUCGAAUAAUAAUUAUGAUUGGCACAAGUACUAUUAUUGAAUAACUUAUGAAAUUAAUGGACAACUAUCACUGUUAAAUAAUAUUCUUAGCAUGGAGUGUAAGUGGUAUGGAGUACAAUUUUAGAUGGAAAUCUAACUGAAUAAAAGUGCAUUAAAUUGGUGACGUAACUUUAGCAAGAGUAUUUUACAGUUUUAUGUUUUUUCAGGAAUUAAUUGGCAAAUAAGAUUUAAGAGAUUUUGCUAAGAUCUUUACAUAAAGACUUUGCUGCAUAUCUCCAUACCUCAUGGUAUCCUAUCUAUGGUUUACAAAGUACCCACUUGCCAAAGAGGUUUGACGCCAUAUUGUUGAGUGUUGCCAUUUCGUUACAGAUUAUAAAAGGUAGACAUAUUGCUUUAUUCAUGAUUCAAGACGAUUCUUCCGCAAAAUAUUGUGUACAUAAGUUUAAACUUAUAUUUGAACGUUUAAAGUUACAGAGUAAAUUAUUUAUAACUUAUUUUGUUCUCAAUCUGACAUUUCAUAAUUUUCACCAACAAAGCUUGGAGUUGUACAUAAAAAAGUAGAUAAAUAGUCAUUUAUAUUGUGAUAACUAUUUUAAAACAUGGACCAUGUAUUGUAUCGAAUUAUUUACACGCUUUAUUUAUUUAAUUUACUUUUUAACCAAAUAUUUUGUGAUUCCCUUUACUUUCGGCUGAUCAGUAUUAAUUUUUGAUGUGAAUUGAAUAUUUCUUUAUUUAUAGACAUGUUAAUUUUGAUUCUAAUUUAUUUUUAGUAAUUUAAAAGGUUUUUAAAACUGUUUUUGUUGAUGAAUAAAUCGAUUAUGUAUUUCUAAGUACCUAAUUAACUGUUUUAAUGAGAGUGUGUAAUGAAUGUGUACCUUUAGAGAUCCAUCAGUCUUCUAUAAACCUAUUUAUGAAUAUAAUAGUCAUAAAAUAAUAAUAAAAACCUAACCAAACAGUAGCUAAAACCGAAUUUUACAUUUUAAUAAAUGUUUUCAGUUAUAAAACUGACUCAAUAGACUUGUAUCUAAAAUAAAUUAAAAUUGAACGUUAAAAAGGCUUAUUGUCUUCGCCUUAGUAAAUAAAUAAACCUGUAAAUACACCAAAUAAUAAACAAAGUUUAGAUCAA